AUGCGGGGACCUAAAGGCAGCCCAGGAAUUCCUGGACGCGACGGGAUUCCUGGAAUUUCUGGCGAAAGCGGUCAGCCUGGGACUCCAGGAGAAGACGGACAUACUGGAAUAACAGGAGAAAAAGGCGGUGAUUACGAAAAACCUAUAGGUCGGCCGCCAGGAGAACAAGGGCCGCAGGGCACAGUUGGAGGUGAAGAUGCUCCACCUGGAAAACAAGGGCCCCCCGGACCACAAGGUUCAGCUGGAAUACAAGGAUCACCAGGUGGAGAAGGCGAAGAGGGCAAAGAUGGGCCUGUAGGUAGACAUGGAGCUGAUGCUGAAUAUUGGUACUUAAGCAUUUUUGAUAAUUUUAUAUAAAUAUUCAGUCCAUGUCCAAACCGGAAUAGCUUAAGAAGAGGCAGAAAAAGCAUCGACAGAGAAGGCACUGGAGUUAUUUUUCGCAAACGUAAAAUUCGCGGAUGAUAAAAAGAUGUUA